AAAGCAAAUAACGUAAUACCUGUGCCACCUUUUCACUUUAUUCGAUCGCUCACAGACUUUUUUUGUGAGAAAAAACAAUUAGUUUUAAGAAUAAGCAAGUGUACCUGUUACAAGCUCUGCUUGCAAGAGAAUUCGCGUAUUAUAUCUAUACACCCAAUUGAUGUGAGGUGUUGGCAUACAGUGGCGAAAGUAACGACAACUGGAUUGGACCGUCUUUCGUCAAGCCGUUGUAAACAAAAACACUUCCAUGCCUUCCGCCACAGGUGCGGCCAACCCUUCGGGUCAACAGAAGGGUAGGCCUAACAAUAGUAAUAUGCCGAGCAAUGAAGAAUGUGGGAUCAGAGAUGUAUGGUGUCAUAACCUUGAAGAGGAAUUCAGGACCAUUCGGCAAGUUGUUCAGCAGUAUCAGUUCAUUGCUAUGGAUACAGAAUUCCCAGGAGUUGUUGCAAGACCAAUAGGCGAGUUCAGAACAAGUGCGGAUUACCAAUAUCAGUUGUUACGUUGUAAUGUAGAUCUUUUGAGAAUCAUACAACUUGGUCUCACAUUUCUUGAUGACUGUGGAAACACACCACAAGGUUACACGACGUGGCAGUUUAAUUUCAAGUUCAACCUUCAAGAGGACAUGUAUGCCCAAGACAGUAUAGACAUGCUGCAGAAUAGUGGAAUCCAAUUUAAAAAACACGAAGAAGAAGGAAUCGACCCAUUAGACUUUGCUGAGCUCCUAAUGACUUCAGGAAUUGUACUAGUUGAUGACAUUAAGUGGUUAUCUUUUCACUCUGGUUAUGAUUUUGGCUACUUAUUAAAACUUUUGACAGAUUCAAAUUUGCCACACGAAGAAAGCGAGUUCUUUGAACUUUUGAGGAUAUAUUUUCCAACAAUUUAUGAUGUCAAGUACCUCAUGAAGUCUUGCAAAAACUUGAAAGGAGGAUUACAAGAAGUCGCAGAACAACUUGAAUUGCAAAGAGUGGGGCCACAGCAUCAAGCUGGUUCGGAUUCACUUUUGACAGGAAUGGUGUUCUUUAAAAUGAGAGAGAUGUUUUUUGAGGACAAUAUCGACGAUGCCAAGUACUGUGGUCACCUGUAUGGAUUAGGAACGUCGUUUGUCGUUAAUGGUUCUGGAACUUAUCUCGAGUCUAAUGGAGAUAAUGCAUCAUCUUCGUAAUAGACUCAUUAUUUGUUAUAUUUACCUGAAUAAUUUUUGUGAAUAAUUCGUACAAAAAAAAAAAAAAAUAAUAUGCUGGCUCACGAUCAUCCACACCAUAGGAUUAAUUUUUUUCUUUUUUGAAAAAAUAUUCUGUUUAAUUUUACUUUUUUAAAAUUUUAUUCCAAAACGAGCCUUCAAUUAAAAAGUGUACAUCCCAACGGCAAUUUUAGUGAAAAAAAUAUGUCACAUAGUUGAAAAAAAAAAAAAAAAAUGAACUUUUGUAAAC